GUUGUUAUUGGGAUUGGACUGGAGCUCGGACGGACAGUAAUUCAUUAAAAUAUGUGGUGAUAACGCGAGCAGACGAAUUCUGCGUGCGAUUCGUGCGUUUGACGUGGGUACUGCUAACUACUAUGUUGUCGCUCCCUGACUUGCUUUGAUUCGCGGAGUUCCUGCCCCAUCACACACCACCUACCACCCACCUAGUACCUCCUUCUCCGCCAGCUGCUCCACCACCAGGAGGGCAAUUAAAAAAUCAAUCAGAGGGCCCUAAUUGAAAGCUGCCUCCGCAGUCGACAUGUCGCCGCCGAAGAACUGCGCGGUGUGCGGGGACAAGGCGCUGGGCUACAACUUCAACGCGGUCACCUGCGAGAGCUGCAAGGCCUUCUUCCGGAGGAACGCGCUGGCCAAGAAGCAGUUCACCUGCCCCUUCAACCAGAACUGCGACAUCACAGUGGUCACACGCCGCUUCUGCCAGAAAUGCCGCCUGCGCAAGUGCCUGGACAUUGGGAUGAAGAGCGAGAACAUCAUGUCCGAGGAGGACAAGCUGAUCAAAAGGCGCAAGAUCGAGACGAACCGAGCCAAGCGUCGCCUCAUGGAGAACGGCACAGAUGGCGGUGAUGCUGACGACGGCAACGGAGAUGACCACAAGGCGCCAGCGGACAGCAGCAGCAGCAACCUGGAGCUCUAUUCCGGAUCACAGGACUCGCAAAGCUGCGGCUCAGCGGACAGUGGCGCCAACGGUUGCUCUGGCGGGCAGCCCAGCUCCACGGGCACACAGGUCAAUCCACUGCAGAUGACGGCCGAGAAGAUCGUUGACCAGAUCGUAUCCGACCCGGAUCGGGCCUCCCAGGCCAUUAACCGGCUGAUGCGCACCCAGAAGGAGGCUAUUUCGGUGAUGGAGAAGGUGAUAAGCUCACAAAAGGACGCAUUGAGGCUGGUGUCGCACUUGAUCGACUACCCAGGCGACGCCCUCAAGAUCAUCAGCAAGUUUAUGAACUCGCCUUUUAACGCGCUGACAGUAUUCACCAAAUUUAUGAGCAGUCCCACGGAUGGCGUGGAGAUUAUCUCGAAGAUAGUCGACUCGCCGGCGGACGUGGUGGAGUUUAUGCAGAACCUAAUGCACUCGCCGGAGGAUGCCAUAGACAUAAUGAAUAAAUUCAUGAACACACCGGCCGAAGCGCUGCGCAUCCUUAACCGUAUCCUGAGCGGCGGUGGAGCGAACACAGCCCAGCAGGCCGCAGAUCGCAAGCCACUUCUGGAAAAGGAGCCGGCGGUAAAGCCUCCUCCGCCGGCGGAGCGGGUGGACACCGUUAUCCAUAGCAUGCUAGGCAGUGGAAGCCCGCCGAUUUCGCCCCAUGACGCUGCCGUGGACCUGCAGUACCACUCGCCCAGUACCGGGCAGCAACCCAGCACCUCGAGCAGCCACCCCUUGCCUUAUAUAGCCAACUCGCCGGACUUCGACCUGAAGACCUUCAUGCAGACCAACUACAACGACGAGCCCAGUCUGGACAGCGACUUCAGCAUCAACUCGAUCGAGUCCGUGCUCUCUGAGGUUAUCCGCAUUGAGUAUCAGGCCUUCAACAGCAUACAACAUAUGCCAUCGCGGGUCAAGGAAGAGUCCUACGUGGGCGGUAGUCAGUCCUCAUACGGCGGCUGCAAUGCUGCCGGAAAUACCAGCCAGCGGCACCUGCAACAGCCCAUCUGCGCCCCCUCUACUCUGCACAUGGAUCGAGAACUUAACGAGGCCGAGCAGAAUAAGCUGAGGGAACUGCGGCUGGCCAGCGAGGCCCUCUACGAUCCCGUGGACGAGGACCUCAGCGCCCUGAUGAUGGGCGACGAUCGCAUUAAGCCCGACGACACUCGCCACAACCCGAAGCUAUUGCAGCUGAUCAAUUUGACGGCGGUGGCCAUCAAGCGGCUUAUCAAGAUGGCCAAAAAGAUUACAGCAUUCCGUGACAUGUGCCAGGAGGACCAGGUGGCCCUACUCAAAGGCGGCUGCACAGAAAUGAUGAUAAUGCGCUCUGUCAUGAUUUACGACGACGAUCGCGACUCCUGGAAGGUACCCCACACCAAAGAAAACAUGGGCAACAUACGCACUGACCUGCUCAAGUUCGCCGAGGGCAAUAUCUACGAAGAACACCAGAAGUUCAUCACUACGUUCGACGAAAAGUGGCGCAUGGAUGAGAACAUUAUCCUGAUCAUGUGCGCCAUUGUGCUCUUUACCUCGGCUCGAUCACGAGUGAUACACAAAGACGUGAUUAGAUUGGAACAGAAUUCCUACUAUUAUCUUCUGCGAAGAUAUCUGGAGAGUGUUUAUUCUGGCUGUGAGGCGAAAAACGCGUUUAUCAAGCUAAUCCAAAAGAUUUCAGAUGUGGAGCGUCUGAACAAGUUCAUAAUUAAUGUCUAUUUGAAUGUUAACCCAUCCCAGGUGGAGCCCUUGCUGCGUGAAAUAUUUGAUUUGAAAAAUCACUAAACCAAUUCGUGUCGGGCAUUUAAUGCCGAUGUCGACGCCGAUGCCCAAUGAUAAAUGAUCAGCGAGCUGUAGUUGUUGUUGUUGAUGUCUGUUUUAUCUGUCGCUUAUAAUGUUAGAUUUUAAUCGAAUGUGAUUGUUAGAUUUGCAUAUACUGCAUAGAUUUUAUAUUUCUACAUCAAAGAGAGCAUAUUUAGGAUACCAAGUGCAAAGCAACACAAUCUAUAUGUAAUGAACACCAUUUAACUAGUUUCAAAUAAACUAAACACUGAUGCAAUAAA